AUGGGUUCAACUAGAAAUAAUAGUAAAAUUAAUUCGGGUGAGUCGUAUAAAAAGUUGGAAAAUAGGAUUAAUGAUGGUAAAAUAAAAAAAACACCAUGCGGAUCCGUAACGAGAAAAAAUAAUAAGUUUCAAAAAAGAUAUGAAAGACUCAAAAAUGUAACAAAUGAGAAAUAUACCGUUACAAAAGAUUUGAUAGAUCAAUAUGAGAAAUUAUAUGGGAAACCUGAUCAAUUAUCCUUUCAAAAAUCUGAAAGUUUACCUACUCCGGGGAGUUCCAGAUUAAGUAGUAUUGAACGAUCAUAUCCUGAGCCUACAACAGUUAACAAGGAUGUAAAGUAUAGCAUAUCUCCAAGCUCCUUCAUUCAAACACCGAAAAGUCCUUUUUCACCAACGUACGUUCCAAUAUAUAAAAGUUCGACUUUUCCCUCAUCGCCAGCUUUUUCAAAAAAGCCAAGUCCACCUCCUCCACCGCUGUUCAAGACCACAAAAGAGGUAUACUGCUAUACAUAUUAUAAUGAGAAGUCACAUGAUCAAAUAAAUUCAUUUGAACCUCUCGAGUCUUAUAAUGAAUCAAAUUCUUGGAUAAUAAAUAAAUCCAAGGUAAACGUACCGGCGAUCGUACGGGAAAGUCAAGUAUUAGAAUUACAACAAAUUCCAUGUUGGUUUUAUCACAAUUUGAAAACGGGAGAUAAUCGAAGAUCGGUUGAAAGACUUAUAAAAACUGACGAUGAAUAUGAAUGGUGUGAACCUAUUGAAAUAAAGCAAUUUGUACCAUUUCCGAAAGAAUUUUCGUUAGUUACUGAAUUUAAAAAGGUUGAAGAUACUAUACUAGAAGAAAAACUUGAAGAAAAUGAUAAGGUAGUAAAGGAGGAGGAACAAGAAUUUGCAACCGAAAAAGAAAUUCAAGAAGAAGAUUUGUGCCUUGUGAAGGUAGAAGAGAAGGGAACACAAGAUGCGAUUAAAUAUAUCAAGGAGAAUAAUAAGAACGAUUAUAAUCUAAUAGCUUAUAUAUGUCGUGAACUAUCGUUGAAAUCACCACGAAAUUCUGAUAAAUUUUCAACUUAUAAAAGAAAAUCUGCCAAGAAACGUUUACAGGAUUGGAUUCAAUAUGAUGCGUAUCCUUCAAUGACAUUAGAACAAGCCGAAAAACUUGUUGUCAUGUUGAAUGCGGGCAGUAAAGUUCUCGUGACAGGAGAAAAGGUUUCGGUGUGUGGAAAUGAUCUUGUCACUCUGAAAAAACGAGGUUGGUUAAAUGAUGAAGUGAUAAAUUUUUACGUCGAGCUGAUCGUCAAACGUGCUGCUAACGAACCAGGAAAAUAUCCUAAAAUACACAUGUUUAAUACUUUCUUCUAUCCAUUGUUGGAGAAAAAGGGGUAUUCUGGAGUAGCUAGGAUUACAAGAAGAGCUAAAGUUGAUAUAUUUUCUCUUGACAUGGUUCUUGUUCCUAUUCAUUUACAAAUUCAUUGGGCUUUAGCGGUCAUCAACUUCAAAGAACGUCGCUUAGAAUAUUAUGAUUCCAUGAGUAGAGGAUGCAAUGAGCAUAUAUUAUCAUCAUUGAAAAGAUACGUUGAGGAAGAGUACAAAGACAAAAAGAAAUCGUCAAGCUACGACAUGAACGGCUGGGAAUAUUACAGAGUGAAUAAUUUACCUCAGCAAAAUAAUGCAUUUGAUUGUGGCGUGUUCGCGAUGACUUUUGCCGAACACAUUAGCAGAGGCGCAUCAGUGCUCUUUGUUCCACCCAAACAUAUGAAGUAUUUUCGGUUGAAGAUGAUGUGGGAGAUAGUCAACUCAAAAUUGUUGCCUGUUGAUCAGCAGCAACAUUUCGUGAAUAAUCAGCAUAAUGGGGUUUCAGAACCACCAAUGAUGAACGACUGGAGCAUAAAUGUUAAUUCUUCAUGUCCAAAAAGAAAAUUUGAGGAUAUCAGCGCAUUUAUUAAAACAUGA